UCAGCCCUGGAGCGUCUCCUGACCGAGCUGGAAGAUUUCCUGCGCGUCCUGGACAAGGAGAACCUCAGCAGUGCCGCCAUCCUGAGAAAAUGUCUCCUCUCCGAAAUCCUCCAGAUGUACGUCAAAUCCAACAGCAGCUGCGAUGAGGAAUAUAUCUACAUGAACAAAGUUCCCGAAAUAUUGGACAAAUCAGCCAAAGAGGUUCUGACCAAUGGGACGAUAUCUCAGCACUCGGCACCGCCCCAGAAGAGCCUCCCGGACCUCCCGCCUUCAAAAGGGGAGAAAGAACAGGUGCCUGCCGCCAAGGCUGACUCUCCGGAGGGGUACUAUGAGGAGGCUGAGCCCUACGACGCAUCCAUUAACGAGGACGGAGACGCCGUCAGCAGCUCCUACGAGUCCUACGAUGAAGAAGAAAACCUCAAGAAGUCGUCGGCCCAUCAGCACCAAUGGCCGUCCACGGAGGCGUCCAUCGAGCUGAUGAAGGACGCACUGAUCUGCGCAUUCCUCUGGAGGAAGAAGUGGCUGGGCCAGUGGGCCAAACAGCUCUGUGUUAUCAAGGACAACAGACUGCUGUGCUAUAAGAGCUCCAAGGAUCACAAUCCUCUGCUGGACGUCUGUCUCCUCGGCUGCACCGUCACCCACAAAGAGAAACAAGUGCGGAAGAAGGAGCACAAGCUGAAAAUCACUCCGACCAACACCGAUGUCAUUGUGCUGGGGAUGCAGAGCAAAGACCAGGCCAUGCAAUGGCUGAAGGUCAUCCAGGACAUCGGCGGUCUGCAGGCGGACGCGGCCCCCGAGAUCUCGCUGAGCGGAGAAAUCACCGACAGAUACUCAGCGGCCUCUGAAAGUGGGAGCAGCACCGACGGGCACCCCGAGAAUACCGAGGUGAAGGAAGUGAAGAAGAAAGGGUCCUCCGGCCUCAAACUCAGCAACCUGAUGAAUCUGGGCCGGAAGAAGUCGUCCUCCAUGGAGAGUCCGGACAAGAGUCUGGAGACGUCCAAUUACCUGAACGUUCUGAUCAACAGCCAAUGGAAGUCGCGCUAUUGCUGCAUCCGGGACGGUCAGCUCCACUUCUAUCAGGACAGAAACAGGAGCAAAGCCGCCACCCAUCCCGUGUCCCUGCUGGGGUGUGACAUCGUUCCGCAGCCCUCCCCCGACCACCUCUACUCCUUCCGCAUCCUGCAUAACGGGGAGCAGCUGGCCACGCUGGAGGCGAAGACCUCGGAGGACAUGGGGCACUGGCUGGGUCUUCUCCUGUCCGAAUCCGGAUCAAAAACCGACCCGGAGGAGUUUGAUUACGAUUAUGUGGAUGCGGAGCGCGUCUCCUGUAUCGUGAGCGCCGCGAAGAACUCCUACUUUUUAAUGCAAAGGAAAUAUUCUGAGCCCAACACCUAUAUUGACAACCCGCGCGGUGGGAGGAGCCAGCAAGACGAUCUCUAUGAUGAUGUCGACAUGUCAGAUGCAGUGGAGGAGGAGCCUAAAACCGAGGCGCGAAAGGAAGUAGAAGACCACACCUACCUGGAUCUGCUUCCGGCACGGUCCUUCCUGCACGGUGCUCCGAAGAAAUGUCCCGAUAAAGGCCCGCCGAGCUCUCCGGGGCCGGAAAUCGAGGAGGAGCCUAAAACCGAGGCGCGAAAGGAAGUAGAAGACCACACCUACCUGGAUCUGCUUCCGGCACGGUCCUUCCUGCACGGUGCUCCGAAGAAAUGUCCCGAUAAAGGCCCGCCGAGCUCUCCGGGGCCGGAAAUCGCCAAAACGAGAGACGAGGAAGCAGAGGCCGCCAUGUCUAGUGACCCAGAACCGCCGCGUCCGGUCCGAGAGGAAACCGAGCCGAGUGCAGAGGAGACGACUCCCGGCCUGCAGGUGAAAGCCGAGAGCGGCGUGACGGCCAGUCCGCUGCUCGGGAAAAACAAGAUGGAGAAAGGAAAACCGACCAAUCCAGACGCCAUUGAGACUAAAUUUGGCAAGAACCGCACGGAGGCGGAAGCCAGGCGCUUCACGGAGGUGAAGGAGAAGCUGGAGAAAGAGAGGGAGGAGAUUCGUGUGCAGCUGGCCCAGCUCCGAAAAGAAAGGCGGGAACUCAAGGAGAGCAUCGCCAACUGCAGCGACAAGAGUGCGCUAACCAGCCUGGAGGAGAAGCUGAAGAGUAAGGAGGAGGAGUGCAAGCAGCGGGAGAACCAGCGGGUGGACCUGGAGCUUCAGAUUGUAGACGUGAAGGAGAAUCUCAGAAAGGCCGAGUCGGGGCCCGUUACUCUGGGCACUGCGGUCGACCCGGCCCACCUGGACAGCAGUCAGUCAGUUAAAUGUAACAGCCCGGGCCACACCUCCGAAUCCUCGCCAGUAAAUUCCGCAAUGGCGCUCAAAGCCCGACCGUUGUCCAUUAUGACCACUGGCAAAGGAACCGUCCUACAGAAGGCCAAGGAAUGGGAGAAGAAAGGAGCCAGCUAGAACUACAACAUCAUCUUCUAAAUGGACUGAGACCCUUGUGUCUGAUUGACAUUUAAUUUAUGGGAUGUCAGAGACUUGUCACAUUGUGGUGAAGAACAUCCUCCAGUGAGGGGGGGACCUCAUUUUUUUUUUACUUUGCACAUAGUGGUGCUCCAAGGGACCAAAGCCAAGACAUAUGCCACUCGCCCCCACAC